AUGGCACAUGUACCACCUGCCCUCCAGACUGGCUCCCCUGUCAAAGAUAGAAGGCAGUCAGAAUAUGCGGUUCCCUCCGCUUUGCGCAUUGGCUCCCCAAUAACUGAAGGUCCUCCGCCGCCUCACGCUCGCCCACCACUCACAUGCCAGACCCGUUCUGGUUCGUCAAAUAGGAUUUCUCAACUCUUCCCGUCACAUGCAUUGUCAGAUGCUUCGGUUGCGUCGCCUAGCACUAUCUCUGACACAAAAAGACAAUCAUUACCUUCGUCUCUAGUGCCGGCUUCCAGGAUAUCGUACAGCAACCCUUCUACCGCCCCACCUCCUAUACCUCAGCCUCUUCCAUUCACCGAAGAAACCUCAUACAACCCUCUUGCAAAUAUAUUUAAUCAGGAAAAAGCCUUUCCUCCAGCGGAGAAGAGCAACGGCAGGGCUCGAAGGGUGUUGGAUCGAUUUACGUCGAUGAACAAGGGCUCUUUUGGGAGGGGUCAUUACAAUCGAUUGGAUGAUGAAGAGGCAGUGCCUUCAAGGGGUAGGCCCAAGAAAACCGAAGAGGAGGAUGAAGCGGUCGGGUAUGACCUGAGUUCUCUUGGAGGACUGUCAAUGAAGAUGUAUGAAGCGCAGCCGACUGGGUAUGGCAAAUCCGAAGCGAACACAAAGGCUCAGGAGCUGGACGAAGCCAGUCACGCUGCAGAAUUUGAGAGUCUAGAGGCACAUCUAGGUGCAGGCAUGACUUCUAUACUCCACAAACCAUUUACCCAUACUCCCGCGGGGCCAGUACCAGGAUUGUUUCCAGGCCAUCGGCGAAUACUAUCGGCAGACGAGGUAGCGGACGAGGAGGCCAAAAAGGCACAAGUCGAAGCUGAGAAAACUGGGCAAGUAGUCGCAGUCACAACAGAUGUCCCCAUUGAUAUCAGCGAUUUUGCGGGUAUCGCGCGAGACUUUGAAUCGAUGAGGAGUCUCACAGCUGAAGCUGGUCUUGUCCGCAACGGGGCAGAAACCAGUUACUUCUUCCCGGAUGAUCCCCAAAUGCCAAAUUGGCGUCCUACUACCAUGAGCCAGUUGUGGUUACUGAUGCUAAUCAUUAUUGCGCUUGCGCUCGCAUGCGUACAAGAAUACCUUUGUCAAACUUCUUUGAACGAAGUCAAGAAGGAUCCCGAAAAGGGCGGCUUGGCACAAUUCAGAAGAGUCGGUGACAUGGACAUUACCAUAUACUUUGCAUGGCAAUACGCACCGAUCAUGAUCUUGGUAUUCUACGGCGUACUCUGGCAAAUGUCAGACUUUGAAGUAAAACGCCUGGAGCCAUUCUACCAGCUAUCCAAGAAGACCGGAGCGACUGCAGGGGAGUCGCUAAAUAUGGAUUACUUAACAUUUAUGAGCUGGCUGGUGCCGCUCAGAGCCCUUCAUCACAGACAGUAUGCUGUCAUCUACAGCUCACUGGGCACUUUGGUUGCUAGCAGCCUUGUUCCGGUUCUACAGUCUGCAUCCAUGUCUAUGUAUCCACCCAAGAAGGACCGCCAGACCGAAGGAUGGAAGUCUAUCAGAGUCGAGCCAGUCUGGUCCAGAGCUGUAUCAGCAUGUCUUCUCCUAGUGGCCUGCUGCGGCGGAGCAUUGAUGUACGCUAUGCGGCGAAAAAGCGGCUUGCAAUCAGACCCCAAGGGCAUCGCGGGCAUUGCAGCCAUGGCCACCAAGAGUCAUAUUCUUGCCGACUUCAAAGGACUGGAUUGCGCGCCCUUGGAUCAAAUCCACAAGAAACUUCGCACCCGGAGAUACAUUCUUCACAAGAGCUCACUCUGGCAGGGUGAAUACAUCAGAGACAACAAAGAAAAGAUACACGAGCGUGGUUCUGAUCCCAGGCCACUUAUGCUACGAUACCGAUCUGGCAUUCCCUUUAUCAUCUUGCUGAUCGCCUUCACUGCAGUAAUCCCCGUCUUCACCUUCGUCGAGGAUCUAGGCGUCAUAACUGAGAAAUUUCCCUGGGUCAUGACCGGUCUCGCAACGGUAAUUCGAAUACUCUGGAACACAAUGAAUUGCGAUAUCAGGAUGUUACAGCCCUUCUACAUCCUCUCUCUCCGCCACGCCCCAGCCAAAACCCUCACUCUCGACUACGCCGGCACAAACCCGCUCUGGCUCCCCUUCAAAGCCUUCAUUAACCGCCACUACCUAGUCAUGGUGGUUGCCAUCGGCUCCGUCCUCGCCGAAGUCCUAACCGUCUGCGUCUCCUCCAUCAGCGUCGACGGCAAGAAAUUCAUCCCAGGACUCGGCGGCCAAAACUGGGACGACAACAAGGACGGCAACAAUAGCGAUCCGCAAGACCGCUACAACACCGAGCAGACGUUUCGCAGUUUCUGGACGAGCUUCGCACUCACCAUGUUCAUCCUGCUCUACCUCAUCGUCGUCGCGUGUCUCACGUAUCUAAAGCGCAGCCAGAAGUUUAUGCCGCGCCAGAUCGGCACUAUGGCAAGUGUGCUGGCGUACAUUCACCAGUCCAAAAUGCUCUUCAAUUUCAUCGACACCGAAAAAUUCACCUCGACGCAAAUGACGCAACAUCUGGAGAAAACCGGCAAGACGUACGCGCUAGGCUGGUUCAGAGGACGCGACGGCGAAGAUCAUCUGGGCGUUGAUGAAGAGGAGAUCCACAGUGCCUAUGUGUACGGCAAGGAUUGGACAGAGGGCAGACUGAGGCCAGGCAGGGAUCGCACAUGGGAACAUUAUUAG